GGCAUUUUUGUUAUGCAAUUCUUUUGCUUUACAAACUCAGCUUUCUUUCUUUCUUUUUUUCAUUCUUUUUUUUAGGACUUUUUUCUUGUAGCAAACCUCCCUUUGAAUCCAAGUUUCAUCCACAUCUUGGGUUCGUUCAAAUUCAAUCUUCCUACACUCAUCCACUGAUUUGAUUUUGUGGGGUAGUCGUCAAAUCUUGGAUUUAGAGUCCUUAAAAUUGCUUCUUUGAUUUUUAUGUCUCUUUCUUGUAGUUAGCAUUUCUUUUCCAGUUUCCAGCUUCACUAUACCCAAACCUAAGAAUUCCAUUUAUCAUUUAGUAGAUUAGAGUAUUAAUGUCUUGAACUUUGGGUAGUUUUAUUCUCUCAUAAAAAUCCCACAUCUCCAACCAAGUGGGUUUUUUUUCUUCUCCUCUUUCUUGUUUCUUGGUUUAGGGGUGGCAUUUGAUGAGUUCUUCUGGGGUCUUGUUUUCUUGAGGAAAACUAAGGUUAAAAUGAGAUCAUAUACUUCAUUUCUGCUUCUGUGUCUGACAUCUGGGCUUCUUUUUGUGAAAUGCGACUCCUUUGGAUCAUAUGAAGUUGGAGCCCUUACAACCUUUAAGGAAGCUAUAUAUGAAGACCCACUUCUGGUUUUGUCCACAUGGAGUGCCUUAGAUCCAGAUCCUUGUGACUGGAAUGGCGUUUCUUGUACUGAGCAGCGGGACCAUGUUAUAAAGCUGAACAUUUCUGGCUCAUCCUUAAAGGGCUUUCUGGCCCAAGAAUUGGGGCAACUCACCUUCUUGCAAGAAUUGAUACUGCAUGGGAACAAAUUGAUUGGCAUAAUACCUAAAGAACUUGGCAUGUUGAAAUUCCUCCGGGUUUUGGAUUUGGGGAUGAAUCAACUGACGGGUCCAAUUCCUCCAGAGAUCGGAGAUUUGACUAAUCUUGAGACAUUAAACCUCGAGUCAAAUGGGUUGACUGGUAGGAUACCUUCUGAGCUUGGCAAUUUGAAAAGUCUCCAGAAAAUUUGGUUGGAUAGGAAUAGGCUUCAAGGAUAUCUUCCUGUUGCGGGCAAUCCAGAUUUUUCACCUAACAAGACUGGAAAGUACGCCUCAAACCCAAACUCAACUGGCUUCUGUCGCUCAACUCGGUUUAUGGUUGCAGAUUUCUCUUACAACUUCUUGGUUGGGAGCAUACCUAAGUGCUUGGAAUAUCUCCCAAGGUCAAGCUUUCAAGGGAACUGCCUCCAAAACAAAGAUCCCGAACAGCGUUCAACGACGCAAUGUGGUGCCACCCCACCUGCCAGAAGCCAUCCUGGAGCCAACUCGAAGCACCAGCCAGAUGAAUCUGUAUCCAAGCAUCAGGGGUCAUCAAAACCUACCUGGCUUUUAGCUCUAGAAAUAGCGACAGGAACCAUGGCGGGUUCAAUCUUUCUAGUUGCUAUUCUUACUGCUUUUCAGAAGUACAAUAGCAAAUCUUCUAUCAUAAUCCCCUGGAAGAAAUCAUCAAGUGGAAAGGACCAUGUGACCGUAUCCAUAGAUUCUGAAAUGUUGAAAGAUGUAGUAAGAUACAGCAGACAAGAUCUAGAAGUUGCCUGUGAAGACUUCAGCAAUAUUAUCGGCUCCUCUCCAGACAGUGUGGUCUACAAAGGUAUAAUGAAAGGUGGGCCUGAAAUUGCUUUGAUAUCCCUCUGCAUCAAAGAAGAGCAUUGGACAGGCUAUCUUGAGCUCUAUUUUCAGAGAGAGGUGGUUGAUUUGGCAAGAUUAAAUCACGAGAAUACAGGAAAAUUACUUGGCUAUUGUAGGGAGAGCACUCCAUUUACAAGGAUGCUGGUUUUUGAAUAUGCAUCAAAUGGAACAUUGUAUGAACACCUGCAUUAUGGAGAAGGAUGCCAAUUUUCUUGGACUAGGCGUAUGAAAAUAUGUGUUGGCAUUGCACGUGGACUCAAGUAUCUUCACACAGAACUUGAGCCACCAUUUACCAUAUCAGAGUUGAAUUCUGGUGCCAUAUAUCUUACAGAAGAUUUUUCCCCCAAGCUGGUUGAUUUUGAAUGUUGGAAGACAAUUCUUGCAAGGUCAGAAAAGAACUCUGGUGCUAUUGGCAAUCAAGGUGCUAUCUGUGUUCUUCCAAAUUCUCUAGAGGCACGCAAUCUGGAUCUCCAAGGCAAUGUGUAUGCUUUUGGUGUGCUACUACUGGAGAUUAUGAGUGGGAGACCUCCAUAUUGUAAGGAGAAAGGGUGCUUGGUAGAAUGGGCUAAGGACUAUCUUGAUCUACCAGAAGUUAUGUCUUAUGUGGUGGAUCCAGAGUUGAAACAUUUCAAAUUUGAUGACCUCAAAGUCAUAUGUGAAGUAGUAAAUCUUUGCAUCCAUUCAGACCCCAGCAAGCGGCCGUCCAUGAAGGAAGUGUGUGCCAUGUUAGAGAGCAGAAUUGACUUAUCGAUAUUGGUCGACUUCAAGGCAUCUUCAUUGGCUUGGGCUGAGCUUGCACUUUCAUCCUAAAUGAGUUGAAGCAAACACACUGUAAAUCAAGAAGUAUACAAUUGUAGUACUCUUUUCUUCCUCUUUUUUUUUUUUUUUUUUAAUUUUUCCCACUAAGAUUUUCUGUUUUCCUUGUAAAUGCUUGCUUGCAAGAAAAGUAAAGCUUCAUGUCUGACAAACGUCUCUUGUAUAGGAAUAGGUGACUAGUAAAGUGCUGAGAUUAAUUGAAUCACAAUCUUGUUGAGGGAA